AUAGAGGGGAGCAAGUUGGUCUUUUGUGAAGGCAUGUGUUUGCCUGAAAACAGCUUCCAACCUUCCGUUUAGACAAUUCACCUCAAAUACGCAAAUUAUAAUCGGUCUACCAUGUGCAUGGUAUAUCAGUAUCAAAUACGGAACCAUUUAUAUAUGUUCUCUUCCUUUUCUUGGGAGCACUACUUAAGUUCCCUUUCUAGUCCUUCAAUUCAAGCCGUCCAAGUUGAGGAUAGAGUCCUACUACCUGCACCUUUGCCUAGGGUGAUCAUUCGAGGAGGAAGACGUGGUUCGUGCUUCCAUUCGUAUUUUUGAAAUUUAUAAACUGCUCAUGGGUUUUUGAACAAUGUUUCCAUUAAAACAGUUGGGGGCCUGCGUGCCCGUGUUUGCCACGUGUGGCUAAGUAUCAAACAUAUUAUUAUUUCCGCAUUUGUUUGAUUAUGAUAUUGAUGUUGAUUGUAUGUGUUUACUAAUCGGUUUGGCAAUAAAAUCAAUCGGACGCUUUGUACAAUUCAAUAGGGAUGAACUGUUGUUGUUCUUAUCGGGUUGUACGGCGGUUGUCUACGUGGCUCGGAUGCGGUCCGGGGCGAGACAAUUAAGUGGUAUCAGAGCCAUCGAUUUCUAAACUAUAUAAUUAACCUCUCAAUAUCCUACCAUCGAAAAGUUUUGAACAAAACCAUGAGCAGAAAAUAUUUGUACCUAAGGAACCGUUGGAAACCAAGUUAUUGACCUCUUAUUGUUAAGACGGUACCCUUAACAGUUUGUUGGCCAUAAUGUUGGACCAAGUGGUGUCUUUUGUACUAAUCCGUCAAUUGACAUUGAAACGAGUCUAAUGACUCAUUCCUUAUUUCUUUCAGAAAUGGAGGGUGGACGCAGGAUAACUAGGAGGAACCCGAUAGGGCAUGCGCCGGGGGCCACCGGGCAUGCCACUCGGGCGGAAUCACGGACCUCUAGGGGUAGAGGCCGAGGCCAAAGCCGAAGAGGAGGCCGAGGCAGGGGCUGUGGGCUUUCUACAACGCCGACGGCAAGUAGCACGCAUGUCGGUUCUGUGCACCCAUCUAGGGCCACCGAACCGGACGAUUUCACAUAUGCUCCAAGCACGGAGCAAGAGGAGACCCCAUACACCGGGGAGGACUUUGAGGAUGAAGAUGAGGAUGAUGAUCCUCAUUAUGACCGUAUGAGUGAGGUACUAGAAUGGUACCUCGAGAAUAAAACAAAGAGAGAGCAGCGGCGCCAAGCUAGACAGGCUAGGCAAACCAUGGGGCAGGGAAGCCGAGGUGCUUCUAGUGCUCCAUCGGGGACAUUUGGGGAAGACACGAUGGUGCGUAUAUCCAAGUACCUCAAGGAGGCCAGGGCCUUGGGGUGCAAAUCAUUUGAUGGCAAGGGAGACAUAUCUGAGGCCGCCGACUGGAUUAAGAAGCUUAAUGAUGCUUCUAGGGAUAUGCAAAUUGGACUCGACGUGAAGUUGAGGGUUGCCACCAGGCUACUGGAAGGGGUAGCUGUUGUAUGGUGGGAAGGCGUGGAAGGAAAGUUCCACGGUGAGGCCACUUGGGAGAAAUUCGAAGUGGAGUUCUAUAAUCAGUACUACUCAACUUUUGAAGUCAAUCUCAAAAGAAGAGAGUACACAAACCUGAAACAGGAGGAUGGUUGCUCGGUGAGGCAAUUGGAACAAAGGUUCCGUGACUUGGCACGAUUCAUCCCAGAAUACUCUUUGGAUGAAAAUCGUAUGGCCAAUCAUUUUUGGGAUGCUCUACAGUUGGACAUCCGUGACCGGGCUACGUAUCAUCAUAACAUGACAUUUAGCCAGAUCGUUGAUCAAGGGCUCCUUGGGGAAGCCCAAUGGAACGAGAGGAAGUUGAGGGACGCCGAGGAGGCGAAGAAGAGGAGAUGGGGAUACUCUGGACCCCAAGACCACUCCCGGAAGCAUCACGCUGGGAGUGGCAAUUCAUUCAGGGCGCCGGCACCACCGGCGAAAAGGAAUAAAGGCUCAGGAGGGCAAGGGGCCAAACCAGGGAGUACGUGGUCACCGAGGUGCGCGAAUUGCGGCAAGAACCAUGCGGGGAAGUGCAAUGAACCACCCCGGUGUUACAAAUGUGGUAGCACGAGUCACCUGAAAUCCUCUUGCCCAAUGUUGAAUGGAGGCGGUCCAUCGGGGGCCAUUGAAGGACCUACGGCUAGUAGGGGACGUGCGGGACCGUCUCAGGCCGGCACCGGAAGGGGCGGACCCACGGCUAGCAAUGUCGCGUCCGUUAACCAAGGUAGAACCAAAGCACGAGUGUAUGCAAUGACCGAGGAGGAUGCGCGAGCAAACCCGGACUCCGUUGCAGGUUGAGGCUAGAGUCCUACUAUCUGCACCUUUGCCUAGGGUGAUCAUUCGAGGAGGAAGACGUGGUUCGUGCUUCCAUUCGUAUUUUUGAAAUUUAUAAACUGCUCAUGGGUUUUUGAACAAUGUUUCCAUUAAAACAGUUGGGGGCCUGCGUGCCCGUGUUUUCCACGUGUGGCUAAGUAUCAAACAUAUUAUUAUUUCCGCAUUUGUUUGAUUAUGAUAUUGAUGUUGAUUGUAUGUGUUUACUAAUCGGUUUGUCAAUAAAAUCAAUCGGACGCCUUGUACAAUUCAAUAGGGAUGAACUGUUGUUGUUCUUAUCGGGUUGUACGGCGGUUGUCUACGUGGCUCGGAUGCGGUCCGGGGCGUGACACAUUUCAUCCUCAAACGGAUGGGCAAUCUGAACGGGUGAUUCAGAUUUUGGAGGACAUGUUGAGGGCAUGUGCCUUGGAGUUCCAAGGAAGCUGGGACAAUCAGUUGGCCUUAGUGGAAUUCGCCUAUAACAACAGUUAUCAGGCGAGUAUAGGCAUGCCUCCAUACGAAGCAUUGUAUGGGAGGAAAUGCCGGACACCAUUAUGUUGGGACGAGGCCGGCGAGGCUAAGCUCGAGGGCACCGAGCUAGUCGAGAUCACUAAAGAGAAGAUAAAAGUCAUACAGGAUAGGCUCAAGGCUACCCAAGACCGGCAGAAAAGCUAUGCUGAUAAACGUCGGAGAACAUUGGAGUUUGAGGUCGGUGACGAGGUAUUUCUGAGGGUAUCACCUUGGAAAGGGAUCAUCAGGUUCCUCAGCCGGAGUAAGCUUAACCCACGUUACAUAGGUCCGUUCAAAAUCCUUGAAAGGAUCGGGGUCGUAGCCUACCGACUCCAGUUGACUCCAGAGUUAGAGAAGAUUCACAAUGUGUUUCAUGUUUCUAUGCUCAAGAAGUAUGUGCGGGACCCGUCACACAUUCUUGAGAAACCACCGGUAGAAAUCCGAGAAGUCCUACAAUAUACGGUGCAGCCGGUAAAGAUUAUGGACCGACAGGUGAAGAAGCUAAGGAGCAAAGAGGUGUUAAUGGUAAAAGUACUUUGGAAGAGUGAUCGUGUCGAGGAACAAACUUGGGAAGUGGAGACCCUAAUGAGGGAACAAUAUCCAUUUCUGUUCGACUAGACGCGUGGAUUUUGGGGACGAAAUCCCAAAUAAGGGGGUAGAACUUGUAACACC